AGGCAUUAAACCUACAGGUGCAUGACUGUGGGCAAGUGUUGAAGUCUGGGGUCUGGGGUCACUCAGGCAUUGGAGCUGAGGUUUAUUAUCAAGGGACACAGUGUUUCCAGGGCAUGAAAAGUAGCCCCAGGCCAGUGACUGCUGCUCAGUGUGAGUCCUGGGCUAAGAGAUGAGGCAUCUCCCCAGCCUGGGCCGGACAAGCUGAAGCAGCCCCACAGGGAGACUUACUGCAGUCUCACCCAGGAAGGCCUUCCCUCCCCCAGGAGGAGUUGAGAGGGUGUGUAUGUGUGUGUUGAAUGUGGGCCCCAUGAGGAAGAGUCCUGCUCAACAGGCUGUGUGCUUUGCCUUCAGCACGAACCCACAACUGCAGGUGGAUUUCCACACUGGAACUGAAACGUGCACAGACAUCGCCUUCCAUUUCCGCGUGUACUUUGACAACUGUGUGGUGAUGAACAGCCGUCAGCGUGGGAACUGGGGUGAAGAAGUGAAAUCCACUGAUAAGCCCUUUAAGGAUGGCCAACCCUUUGAACUGGGCAUCUUGGUGCUGUCAACGGAGUAUCAGGUAAUAGUAAAUGGUCACCAAUGUUACACUUUUCCCCACCGACUUGACCCAAAAUCUGUGAAGAUGAUCCAAGUGGAGAGAGAUGUCUCCCUGACCUCGGUGACUAUCGCUUAGAGAAGGAUGUGACCAGACUCCCCGUGUUGUAAAGGAGAUCCCUCCACCUAAGUGACUCUGUGGUCCCCAGAACUCACUGACAACAUGGGUUCUCACCCUUCCCGAACACUUGGUUAUUAAAACUCCU